UCUUCAUACCAGUUCCAGGAACUGGCCUGGCAAAUAUUGACUAGGCUGCUGUGAUCUUGCAGCACCAUUUUCCUGUGGGCAGGAGGUGAUGCAGAGCUGAAGACCCAGGGGCCUUGGUAAGAUGGGGCCAGCCUGGCUGUGGUUGCUGGGAGCAGGCAUCCUGGCCUCUCUCCACCGUCAGCGCCUUCCUGCCCAUGCAGAGAAGAGUCUGGGGGUGCCUCAAGCCCCCAGUGAGCAGCUCCCAGAGCCAGCCCCCACCUACCACAAAGUCACACACACCAUUACCAGAUUUGCUUUGCGUUUGUAUAAGCAUCUGGCAGCGGAAACCCCAGGAAACAUCUUCUUCUCCCCAGUGAGCAUCGCCACCACCCUGGCCCUGCUCUCUCUUGGGGCCCAAGCUGACGCCCCAACUCAGAUCCUGGAGGCCCUUGGCUUCAACCUCACGGAGACCCCAGAAGCUGCCGUCCACCAGGGUUUCCAGAGCCUCAUCCACACCCUUGACCUGCCCAGCCCCAAACUGGAACUGAAAGUAGGCAACUCCUUGUUCUUGGACAAGCAACUAAAGCCUCAGCAGCACUUUUUGGACGACAUCAGGGAGCUGUACAGAGCUUUUGCUUUUUCUGCCAACUUCACAGAUUCUGCUACAACCGGGAGGCAGAUUAAUGAUUACGUGAGAAAGCAAACAUAUGGGCUGGUCACGGACUGCCUCCAGGGGUUCACCCAGGACACGCUCAUGGUUCUCUUGAAUUACAUAUUCUUCAAAGCCAAGUGGAAGCAGCCUUUCCAUCGCUACCAGACCCAGAAGCAAGAGAGCUUCUUUGUGGAUGAGAGGACCUCCCUCCACGUUCCUAUGAUGCACCAAAAGGAGAUGCACAGGUUCCUCUAUGACCAGGAGGCGGCCUGCACUGUACUCCAGAUAGAAUACAGCGGAAAUGCCCUGGCGCUGCUGAUCCUCCCCGACCCUGGGAAGAUGCAGCACGUGGAAGCGGCUCUGCAGCCAGAGACCCUGAGAAAAUGGGAUCAACGACUGUUUCUCAGCCUGUUGGAUUUGCAUCUGCCAAGGGUUUCGAUUUCUGGAGCAUAUAACUUGGAAGAAAUACUUCCCCACAUGGGCCUCACCAACAUCUUCAACCUAGAAGCUGACUUAUCAGGAAUCACUGGGCAACUCAACAAAACCAUCUCCAGGGUGUCACACAAGGCGGUGCUGGACAUGAGUGAGCGGGGGACGAAGGCCGGGGCUGCAUCAGGUCUCCUGUCCCAGCCGCGGCCUCUGAACGCAACCACGGCUCUCCAGGCCCAUUUCAGCAGGCCUUUCCUGGUCCUCCUUUGGGACGUGACCACCCAGAGCCUACUCUUCCUGGGAAAAGUCGUCAACCCAGCUGCGGGGUGACUGUGGAGGGAGGCUGGCACCAUCCUGCCUCCCGCCAAGCCCCUGAACAAGCAGGAAGGCCAGUGCCAGCCCAACUGCAGGCUGCCGGGAGGGCCCGCCAGCCAGCGUGCAGACACCCUAAUAAAGUUGCCCCUGGGUUUUGUGAGUGCUGAGGAUGAUGCUUGCGAGGGAGCGUCAGCACACAGAAUGGCCUUCAGGCAUCCACCCCAUGUCCUCCUCGAAUCGGGUGUCAGUUUAGAAAGCUGAAAGCAAUAGCUUUAUAGUUUCAGAAAACUAGUUAGAAAGUUGAAAAUGGGAACAGCCUCAUGGGUGGCUUCCCAGGAGCCAUCCACCCCCCCCCACCCCCCACUGCAGGACUUCCCUGAGUGUCCCUGGGGUCGGGUCCCAGGAGCAGGUGCCCAGGACAGCAGGAGUAGGCAGGUCUCUCCCUUCACCGUGGCCGAUCUCAGCUCUCCAGUGAAGCGAGGUCCUCCUGCAGUGUCACUGCCCAGGCGUCAGGGGCUGCAUCACCUUGAGAGACAGCAGCUCCAAGCCAUUCUCCAUGGCAAGAAGGGGUGUGAGGCUGGACUACUGCAGCACGGGAGGUCAAAUGCCACGGGCAAGCCCGAGAUAGAAGAAAGGGGGAGGGUCAACGUCACCAGGUGGCACAGUGGGCGUAGGGCACAAAUUUGAUCAGUGGGACGAACUUGGAGGCAGUACUGGAGUGCAGUGUCCUGGAGAAGCAGGAAGGCCCCCUCCCACAGGUGUGCCCACCCAGUCUUAAAGAGGAACCUGUCUGAACCUAGUGGGGAGACACAAACAGAUGCCAGUCAACUGUGUGUGUGUGCCCCAUGUGUUACAAUGCCCAUCACCACAAUGGAGUGAUGCUAAAACCUGGCGGGAGGCUGUAGGUGGUGGUGCACGUCUAGGAAGGAGUCAGCCCAAAAGGCACCAGUAGUAGAGAACCCCCACCCCCACCAAGAAGGUCAGACUUGAGUUGGAUUUUGAAAACCAGGUAAACCCUAAAUAAAGGGGAAAAGUGUCGGGCAGAGUGGGGGAGAAAUGCCAUGGACAAGGGCCCCUGGGGGAAGAGAGGGAAAGGUAUGCUCCGAUAAAGCCCGAGAAGCCUGGUUUUGGCUCAAUAGAGUGUGCAUGCAGGGUCACAGCAGAAGGAAAUGCUGCAGAGGUGUUCGGAGGGAAAAGGUUGGAGGCCUCGGACACCAGGGUAGGGGUGUGGACUUUGUCCUGCUAGACGUUGGGGAGCAGCUACAGACCGGCAAGCACAUGUGGACAUGGUGGUGCCUGGGAAAACCGUCUGACAGCUGGGCACUAUUAGACCAAGCUGG